AUGGCACACUGCCGAAUGAACUAUCGCGUGGAUUGCGAGUCCCUGUUCACAGGGGAUGAACUCUUGGACGAAGUUUCGGAGCCAAUCAUCGAAUAUUACUCAAAAGAUUCCGGAGAAGAUGAGGAACACGACUACAGAACGGACUACCUGAAGUUCACAGUGUUCCUUAUCAUGGCAUGUUUCUUCAAGGCGUUCCAGAAGCAGCUGCGCGUGCCCUACAUGAGCUGGGUGUUCCUGCUGACCACGGUCCUGCUGUGCCUGAUGUCGAUGACGGGCCCUCUGCGGCGAAGCAGCGGCCUGGUCACUGGGAUAGGCGUGCAGGCCAUCCGCGCUUUCCUGCCGGCAUUCGUGGUGCACACGACGCAGGGCAUCAACAACUACAUCUUCCGCCGGUGCCACGUCGAGAUCAUGGUCUUCUCCGUCGGAGCAUUCAGUACGUUUUACACUGGGGUAAGGGCCGCGAUUUCGCAGGCGGCUCAGCGAAGACUGUCUUCAUAUAGACAGAGCCACCUUCGUAACUGUAUUAGGCAUUCGCAAGGCGACGGGCUUACACUGUUUCACAGCAAAGCUGUAUGCCUCUACCCCCGAAUGCAUCUGUCGUGUCUGUGGGCAAAAAUGGGGACCGAUCCCGGAAGUGGUGCAAUAUCGGGCCGACCUACGGCGGAGGUGAAGCAGGCGGCAAGCAGUUCGCUCCUCAUAAUGAUAGAAAUAAAUAACAAAUGA